AUGUCCAUUGUGACACCUCUACUUUUCAUUGGUACAGCCAACUGUGCCAACAUCCUGGGGGUGUUCAUGUACCCUUCCAUCACUCACCAAAUGGUCUACUACAAAGUCAUGCGAGAACUGUCGUUACGGGGUCACCAAGUCACUAUGGUAACACCCGACCCCGUGAACAACCCCGCUUUAACAAACCUAACAGAAAUCGACAUUCGCUGCGCCUACGACGUUCUGGAAGAAAAAUAUGUCCAAGAGAUGUUUUUCAAAGACCUGACCCUGUACGAAAUAAUGCGAAAUUUUUACGAAUUUUUGGAAAUCGUGGCAGACAGAGAAUUAAGCAGUCCCGGGUUUAAAAAAUUGCUUGGGGGUCAUAAUAGGACGUUCGAUUUGAUUCUUGUGGAACUAAUGCAUCCAGUAAUGCACGCAUUAUCUGGAAAAUUUAAGGCACCAGUGAUUGGGAUUUUGUCGAUGAGUAUUUACAGCGCCCAGUAUGAUGCUGUCGGUAAUGUGAACCAUCCAGUUUUGUACCCAGAUCUAGUCAUAAACCUUCCGGCUGGAGCCUUGACGCUGUGGGAAAAGGUUCAAAGUUUGGCGUUUUUUGUGUGGCAUAGUUUGUAUUACCAGAAUGUGGUACUACCGAAGGCUGAUAAGCUGGCCAAGAAGCAUUUCGGGGAUGUAGCACACAUUUCGGAGUACGAAAAAAGUAUCAGCAUGUUUUUGCUUAACAGACAUUACCAAAUGCAAAGUUUGAGAGCAAACGUACCUGCGGUGGUUGAAAUGUUACCAAUGGAGUACCACUCACCUAAACCUUUACCAAACGAUUUGCAAAAAAUUUUAGAUGACUCUAAAACCGGUGUGGUUUAUUUUAGUUUAGGGACCAACGUAAAAAUGUCCCUCUUGGAACCACAAAUCCGAGACAAUAUUUUACAAGCUCUGGCCGAACUCCCUUAUCUGGUUUUACUCAAAUGUGAUGUUGAUUUACCUAAAUUACCCACUAAUGUGGUUAUUAGAAACUGGUUUCCGCAGAAAGACCUUCUAGCACAUAGUAAGAUUAAGGUUUUUGUGACCCAAGGAGGGUUGCAUUCGCUUGAAGAAACCGUUUCUAGGGAGGUCCCCAUUGUUGGUAUACCGUUUUACGCUGAUCAACCUGAAAAUAUUCGCCAAUUUGUGGCUUUAGGGAUAGGUGAACAAAUUAAUCCGACGUCUAUUACUGCAAGAAAGCUAAAGGAAGUUAUUGUUAAAGUAGCUGGAUCUAAGAUGUAUAAAGACAACAUCAAGAAGUUACGUGGGGUCGUUUUCGAUAAACCAAAGAGUGGAUUGGAAGAUGCUAUCUGGUGGUGCGAGUAUGUGAUUAGACAUGGUGAUACGAAACACUUUCAAAAUCCAGCUGUUCAUAUGUCUUGGUUUACUUAUUUGUUCUUAGAUGUUGUUGUCUUUAUGAUCAUCGUAGUGGCAGUAAUUGGUCUUUUAAUUUAUAGUCUGAUUGUUUUAGUAUUGAACAGUGUGAAUAAGUUCAAAUAA